GGGCGAAAAAGAGAAAUCGGAGAACGCAGACUCGCACACAGGGGAGGCACACCCCCUAAAAUCAGGAGCGUGCAAAAAAUCACGUCAGCACCGAAUUAUAGGGGAGUGUGGAGAGACGCUGUUUUGAUAGUGAGCGAGGAAAGUAAGGGAGAUUCAUCCUGAGAUAAAGUGCGUGUCACAAUGCUGGCCCUGCUGCGGAGAAGUGCCAAAGGUCUCACGGAGACUGCGGUGCCCGAGCUGAAGCGCCGCAUUGCCCUUUCGGCCAGCGUUCUUGCCAACGAGAACCUCUCAAGCAAUACAAACAACACUGAUGUCUCGACAAAGAAAGUCCUGCAGACCAGUCGUCGCCACCCUAGAGGUCUGUCGACGCACAACCACCCUGUGGUGGUGCCAGCAGCAGCCACGGGCACUGUCACUAGCAAGGAGGAGAGCCGCGAGUUUAUGGCAGUAUUCCCGGAUGUGGUCAGAGACCUGACUGAGGCCGGACGCCACCAGGACGUACCUGAUGCCACCAAAUGGUUCUCAAAGGUCUUGCAAUACAACGUUCCUGGAGGGAAGAAGAACAGGGGCCUGGCUCUGGUCUUUGCCUACAAAAUGCUGGUUAAACCUGAGGAUCUGACACCGGAAAAUAUCAGACUGGCACAAAUUUUGGGAUGGUGCAUUGAAAUGUUCCAAGCGUUUUUCCUUAUAAUGGACGACGUGAUGGAUGGAUCUGAGACACGACGGGGCCGACCUUGCUGGUAUCGCAAGAACAACCUCGGUGUUGCAGCUAUCAAUGAUGGCAUUCUGCUCGAGAGCGGAAUUUACCAACUGCUGAGAACACACUUCCGGGACAAGCCCUAUUACGUGGACAUUAUGGAGCUCUUCCAUGAUGUUGCACUAAAAACAAGCAUGGGUCAAAGUCUGGACCUUUUGUCUUGUCAGUUUGGCAGAAAACCUGACCUGGAAAAGUUUACCAUGAAUAGGUAUAACACCAUCGUCAAGUACAAGACUGCCUACUACUCGUUCCAGCUGCCGGUCGCUCUUGCUAUGCAUAUGGCGGGAAUUCAAGAUACAGAAAUGCACCGCCAGGCAAAGACUAUUCUGCUUGAAAUGGGACAGUUUUUCCAAGUGCAGGAUGAUUAUUUGGAUUGCUUUGGUGACCCUGAAGUGACUGGUAAGGUUGGCACUGACAUCGAGGAUGGAAAGUGCACCUGGCUUUCUGUGGUGGCACUGCAGAGGUGCACCCCAGAUCAGAGGAAAACCAUGGAGACCUGCUAUGGUUCCAAAAACCCGACAGAUGUGGCUCAGGUAAAGCAACUGUACGAAGAUUUGGGGCUGCCGCACACUUAUGCAACUUACGAGGAAUCAAGCUACAAGAUCAUCAGCACGCACAUCCAGCAGGUGUCUAGAGGGUUGCCUCACAACCUCUUCUUCAAGUUCAUGGAGAAGAUCUACCGACCUAGCAAUAAAGAGCUCAAAAUAAAAGUGUGAUUGCCGGAUGCAGCAUCCCCACUCUUGAGCAUUAUCAAUCAAGUAACCUUUGGGUGUUGGACUUAAAUAAUCAAUGUAAUACCUUCAGAGGUAAAAUAACAAAGAAAAACUGAUGCGGUAAACUGAUAAAGCUGUAUGUGCAGAAAGAUGCAAUUAUUUCAAAAGAAUGUCUAAAUUCAAAAUAAAUGUUGAUUUAUCCAAUUUGUUUCAGGGUU